GACACUUUAGAACUCCGCGACUUCCGAACGUUCGGCGAUCCAAUCCUCCGAUCUCCUUUGAUAUUGAUACGACUACCGGCGUCUUUUUCCUGCCUUAUGCAAUCCCGAGCUUGUUAUAUUCUUCCCAAGAAUUAUUAUUAUUUUUAUAAGGCAAGCUCUCCCAAGUUUUGGAACUCGCUAUUAGUAAUAGUCUAGUUUCUGAUCAGCCCUCCCCUCCCACUAAAACGGCGCUAUGAUCGUGGCGGACCCCGAGAGCUGCGGCUGCUCCAGAGUCGAAGCCUAUUUGCCCUGUGAAAACUGCGGAGCUUUGAGUGGUAAAAAGGACAGAGGGAUAAAAAUCCCCCGACAGCUGGGAAGAGGCCCGAGCUCCUUCAUCCCAGUUGAAGAGAUCCUGCAGGAAGGAGCAGAGAGUGCCCAGCGGCGCCUCUUCAUUGAGGCCUUUGUUUCGACGGGCAGGGUGGAUAACAUUACCAUGGUGAUGGGGCUGCACCCAGAGUACCUCACCAGCUUCUGGAAGACUCAGUACCUCCUCCUGAGGAUGGACGGCCCACUGCCCUAUCACAAACGCCACUACAUCGCCAUCAUGGCUGCUGCUAGACACCAGUGCUCCUACCUGGUUGGCUUCCACAUGGGGGAGUUCCUCCAGGUGGGCGGGGACCCACAGUGGCUGCGAGGUUUGCAGUAUGCCCCGCAGAAACUGAGAAACCUCAACGAGAUCAACAAGAUCCUGGCCCACCGACCCUGGCUGAUCACCAAGGAGCACAUCAAGGCACUCCUGAAGACGGGCGAUAGCAGCUGGUCCCUUGCAGAACUUAUCCAAGCGCUGGUGCUCCUGACGCAUUACCACUCGCUGGCUUCUUUCGUGUUUGGCUGUGGCAUCAAUCUGGAAAUAGACCAGGAAGGAGGACACGCCUUCCGGCCCCCCUCACCACGCAGCUGUGAUAGUAGUCCAGCCUCUGAGGAUGGGGUCAGCACUUCCAGUGGCACAGAUGCUAUGGAGGAGGUGGAGGUAUUGAUGGAGAGGAUGAAACUGCUUCAGGAGUGCCAGCUGGAAGAGGAGGUGGUCACCCAGGAGGAGAUGGAGACACGCUUUGAGAUGGAGAAAACUGAGAGCUUGCUUGUUACUACCUCAGUAGAUAUUGCUGAACACUCCCUGCCUCCCAACGUCCUGUGUUUUGUGGAGGAUCCAGAGUUUGGAUACAAGGAUUUCACAAGGAGAGGAGAGCAGACGCCACCUACGUUCCGAGCCCAGGACUAUACCUGGGAAGACCAUGGCUACUCUCUCAUCAAUCGCUUGUAUCCUGAUGUGGGGCAGCUGCUAGAUGAGAAAUUCCAGGUGGUCUACAACCUGACAUACAACACAAUAGCUAUGCAUAGCGGUGUGGACACUUCUAUGCUCCGGAGGGCCAUCUGGAAUUAUGUUCACUGCGUCUUCGGCAUUCGGUACGAUGACUACGAUUAUAGGGAAGUGAACCAGCUCUUGGAGCGCAGCUUGAAGAUUUACAUCAAAACAGUAGCCUGCUACCCAGAGAAGACCACCAAGAGAAUGUAUACACAAUUCUGGAGACAUUUCAAGCACUCUGAGAAGGUACACAUAAACCUACUUCUCCUGGAAGCUCGCAUGCAGGCCGCCCUGCUCUACGCCCUGCGUGCCAUCACCCGCUACAUGACCUGAUGAGACCGUCCCCUCUCUCGUCCUUCAAGGGGCAGACCAACUGGAGGGCGGGGGAGUUUUUAAAAUCAGCAAUCUGUUUUCAGAAGGCAUCAUGAAAAGACCUUGCCUCGCCUCUCUCUGGCUCUCGAAGAUGAGCGUGUUGUUUGAAGGGGACCUCCUGCCAAGAGACUUGCCAGGGGGGUGGGUGGGGAGAAGGCCAAACUGUGAUGGGAAAUGACUGUCGCAUCCGGCUGCCUUGGCUGCCUCUGGAGACAUCGGUGGUUUGCUGUGUGGCUUGCGGGGUCUGUCCCUGGCCAGCACAGGGGCUCAGGGUUCCAUGGUGUUGGCUUUGUUUUGGAAUCUUGGAAGACGGGUUUGCUAAGCCCUCGAUUGGCCCGAGAUGUGUUCAGAUAGGUGGUGGCCUUCUACCACAGCUGCACCUAGCUCCCCCCCCCCCAAAAAAAAAAUGAUUGGUGCAGUGACUGUUUAGUCUUCUGGUUGCAUCUUUUUUCCAAGGAUGAUACCGCCCAGCCAACUGGGGUGAAGAUUGGGUGAACCAAAGAGAUCCUUCUGUUGUGACAAAAAGCGUGAUUUCUCUCUCUCUGGCCUAUAUACCUGCUGUCGGUCUUGGAAGGUUCAAGCAGAUCACCAGUGUGUCUCUUUGAUGAACUUGAUGAUUGUUUAAAAGUUGGGAAGGGGGGGGCGGGGGGGACAGAUUGAAUGUUGUUUUCUGCGGCUGGUUGUUCACACUACAUUUCUGAUUUUAGAGCCCACGGCCUUUGCACUCCAAACGCUGUCCUUGUUUUGUGUACUGAUGCAUUGGUCUCCUAGCUCUGGGAAGGAUGGCUUGAGAAGGAAUGUAAGGCUGGGGAUAAGCUGGGGCAGAUUUUUUUUUG